AGCGAUGGAUUUCCAGAUCUUUAUAAUGCGGACGAAGUCAAAGAUAUCCCAAACGUAACGGGGUAAGUCUUGAAUAAUUGUGUUAUAUAAACUAGAGUGGUAAAACUUUUAGUGGAAAUUUAGUAUAAAUCCUUACACAUGUCAAAACGUGUUUCUUAACAAGAUGGCGGAUUUGUAAACACGCGCGUUGUAGCGUCUGCGUUUAUAGAAUAAAUAUUUGCUAAUUUAUCGAUACAGAUUGACCAGGUAUUAUUGAAAUAUACUAGUUAAAAGUUAGAAGAAAGCUUUGCCUCGAUCGAAGUCUGACGAAAUAAUAUAUUUUAUACGAAAACCAGCGAAUUUUAAAGAAAUAUGGCUGAACACGCUAAAGCGAUUUCAUCGAUCGACCCAAAUGUCGAAGAAGAUAAAUUUGACAUCGGUCGUUUUCAAGUUGACAGCUUUAAAGGCACGAAUAUGAAACGUGUACCUCUCGAGCAACUAGAUUUCUCAAUUUACAACUCAAAUGCAUAUCUCGUAGCUUUUUCUUCGACCGAAGAAAGACUGCCCAUAUGGAUCAAAGCAAUGCAUCUGCGCUAAUGACAGCAAAAUAAUCACCCACUAAUGACGGCAAAAUGACGCGCAAAAUGGCGCGAAUGACGGCAAAAUAAUCACCCACUGGGAAGAAGAAAAGAACUCGAAUGAUCCCACGAAAUGUGACAAAGUAACAAUCACCCUGAGAUCCCAAGAAAACGAAAAAAAUAUAGUCAGUAUCACUGUUAUGGUCAACAAAGGAAGAAUCCAAAUACAAGGUCGCUUUAUGAAAGGGUGAGGUAGUGAAGAAUUCCCCAUAUUAAUGGAACUGAUCAAUAAUCCAGACCUUAUGAAAAGCAACCCUGCAAAAAAUCUUAACAAUUUUACUGCCAAAACACUUUCUCAGAGAACCACCAACCAACAGACCUGAGCGACUUCUCAACAACCUGAUCAUGAUCAUCCUAUUCCUUUGGAUAGCAGCAUAAACCAUUCACCUAAAGAAAGACCCCUGAUUAACACCGUUAAGACCAAUUUGGCAACCCUUGAGGCAGAUUUCAUCGAGUUUAAACAAAAUACGAACAAAACCAUCACAGAACUGAGCACAACUAUACUCGACGAAGAUAUCCAAAUUAAAAAUUUGGAAAAUGAGAUUACCAACCUAAAGACAGGGUACUCAAAAAACCAACAGUUAUGCGGUGACUUAUCUCUAAGACACUCAGAAAUGGAAGAGGAAUUAAAAAAAUGCAUCAUAAAUAUAAAUCUCUUGAAGAGAAAAACUCAAUGUUAAUAGGCAAAACUGGCAGCAUUAAACGAGAGUAUCGAAAGCCGAAUUAAUGAAGAUUUAACAAUCGAAUCAAACUCCAUCGGAUGCUGACAUCCCCACUUCAAACAAAUUCCUGUCUCUCUCAGAUGAAUCCAUCAUCGAAAAACUUACACACAAAUCCCCCGCAAAACAGCAAUCUGUUCCAUCCGACCAAAACAACGCAAGGAAUGAAGCUGAUACAAUAUUAAUUUGCGAUAGUAAUAGCCGACAUUUAUACCCUUCAUUAUUAUGCCCCAACAGCAAAACAAGCUAUACCCGAUGUGCCACCCUUGUACAGGCAAAAUCAAUAAUAAACAGUACUACAUAUACCUCACCUAAAUCCUUCAUUAUCCACCCUGGAACAAAUGACUUAGAACACUCAGAUACAAAUGAGGCACUCAUAAAGAAUGCAAACGACACCGUGGAAUUUAUCCAAACUAAGCACCCAGAAUCCCACAUAAUUUUUUCAUCCAUUCUCCAAAGAAGUGAUGAAUUAGACAAGAGGGGAAUGAUCCUAAACAAUAGUUUGGAGAAAUCAUUAUCUACAAAGAAAAACAUCACCUUUGUCAGACACCCCAACAUCAACUCCAAAUACCACCUGAAAGUCAAGAAACAUGUCAAUGAUGUUGGAGUCAAGCGUUUCGCUCAGAGCCUGAAGCGUGCAUACUUUAAGAAUCCAGACAAACCAAGAAAUAAUUUUCCUACUUCUCAGAUCCCAUAUAACCGACCCUUCUUCCCUUUUAAUCCUCACCCCCAGUCUACUCCUUUUCAUCCUCCUCACUCUCCACCAGCAAGUUUUCCUCAGCAAAGUUCUAACCAAAAACGUCCUUAUAACCAUUAUCGAUAUCACUCGACAUACCAUCAACAAACGAUCCCAAAACUGACAACGCUCCUUGGGAAUCGAGAUGCAAGACUUGGAAAUGAUAAAAAAAACAAGAAAUACCAAUACAACUGAUACAGCUAAUCAAGGACCUAUAAAAUAGGUGUGUUAUUUAAUAACAAAUCAUAUAUCAUAAGAAUAAUAUUUAAUAGUUGUAAGACAAUUAUAUAUGCAACACUUGAGUAUAAUGAACUUAAUUAUCUCCUAUAUACUUCCCCUUUUCUUCUAAUUAUUACAUUGAAAUUUUGAUAACCUAAUAUUUAGUAUAUUAGAAAAUGCCUGGUCAUUCUAUACAGGGUGUAUCAAAAAAAACUGAACAGAUUUGAAAUUGCUCUCAAUUUCGCAAAACACCUAUUUGCAUCCGGUUUUUUAUAUAUGUAGUUUCUUUGGGUACUUAUAAUGUAGAAUAAUGAAAAAAAAUUCUCGAACUCAAAUUUUGUGAACCAGGGGGGUGUAUCUUUUCCAACAAACUAAAAAUGGCUCGCGCACAAAAUUUAAAAGCUGUAAUCAUAUUUUGAGUUAAUAGAUGGAAAAUGUGUCGGGUUUUUAAUUACUGUACAAAAUUUCAGAGAAUUUGGUUUAGUUAAGUCCUUUAACUAUUCAUUUUUUCUAAAAAGUCAGCCUUUCGCAUGCUAAAUUAAUGCCUUUACCUAAUUUGCAUAUUGCUGACAUAUGCAAAUUAGGCAAAUGCAUUAAUUAAGCAUGCAAAUAGCUGAUUUUUAGGGAAAAAUGUAACUUUGCGUGAAUAGUUAAGGGGCUUAAACUAAACCAAAUUGUCUGAAAUUUUGUACAGUAAUUAAAAACCCGACAAAUUUUCCAUCUAUUAACUCAAAAUAUGAUUAUAGUUUUUAAAUUUUGUGCGCGAGCCAUUUUUAUUUUGUUGGAAAGGACACACCCCCCUGGUUCGCAAAAUUUGAGUUCGAGAAUUUUUUUUCAUUAUUCUACAUUAUAAGUACCCAACGCAGCUAUAUAUAUAAAAAUCCGGAUACAAAUAGGUGUUUUGCGAAAUUGAGAGCAAUUUCAAAUCUGUUCAGUUUUUUUUGAUACACCCUGUAGAUAACUUGCUUAAUAGUUUUUUUUUUAUAAAUGUCUACAAACUUAUCAUUCAGUACCUGGAACAUCCAUGGUACAGUACUUCAAAUGUUGUCCUUGGUAAGAACACUAAAAACAAGGACAUCAUUGACCAUACUAAUAAUAUAGAUUUCAUUUUCCUCACUGAAACUUGGUGUAACUCAUGUCGUAAAUCGGAUGGUAUCACUCUACUAACCAGAACCAAAUUUGAAAAAUUUACUUCAAUUCUUAAAAAUUCAAAAAAAUUUCUAUGGUGCAAAAUAUCAAAAGAUAUGGUAAGUGCCAAACAUGAUGUAUUUGUAUGUGGUGUGUACAUUCCACCAGAAAAAUCUGUUUAUUUUGAAAACGAAUUAAUUUUUGAUGAAUUAAAAAAUGAUAUUAUACAAUUUUUAUCAAAAGGAAACAUAAUGAUCCUUGGUGAUUUUAAUGCUAAAACCAAUCCACUGGAAGACUUUAUCUCUAAAGAUGGCAACAAUUUUAUAAAUGACACUAGUGAAAGUUGCUUGCAACCAAAAAAAAAUUAAAUUUCGACCACCAAAUUAAUAACCAUGGUAAACAGUUAAUUAAUCUAUGUAAAAACUGUGACAUGAAAAUUUUAAACGGACGUACAAAAGGUGAUUCCUUUGGACGAGCUACUUUCCAUGGUAACGAUGGUAUAAGUGUAGUUGAUUACAUCAUAUGUGAUCAGGAAUACUACUUAUUUUGUUGUAAAACCACCAACAUACCUGUCUGACCAUAGAUAAAUUGUUACAUGGGUUGGUAUCGAUCAGACAAACAAAAAACCAGAUACCAAUCCUGGAUGUAAUAUUGAAAUGACUAAUUUACCAAACCAAUACAUUUGAGAUAACCACUCUAAAAAUAACUUUAGAGAAUCAUUAAGAUCACAAGAAAUGCAAAAGAAAUUGAAUGAAUUUAUGAACUCAGAUUUCACAAAUGAUUUGAACGGAACAAACCAAUGUGUAACUGAAUUCCAAAACAUCUUACUUGAAACAUCGAAAAAAAAAGUUUCAAAAUCAAAAGGAGCAAAGAAGAAGAAAAUUUACUAACGUGGCUCAAAAGAAAUGGUUUGAUAAAGACUGUAGAAUCAGACGACAUGAUUUAGGGAAAUUAUCUAAUUUAAAACAUAGAGAUGCUACAAAUGUUGAACUUAGAAAAAACUACCAUGAUGCCUUGAAAUCAUAUAAGGCAACUCUACAACUGAAACAAAAUGAAUUUCACAACAAAAAGAUGAAUGAACUAGAAACAGAAACUAAUACUGAAACUAAUUCUGAAACUAAUUCUGAAACUUAAUACUGAAACUAAUUCUGAAACUCACCAAAAAAUCAUGAAUGGUACUCACAUUUUGAACAACUACUUUGUGAUCACCAUCUUAGUGAGGAACAAGAAAAAAUUAUCGGAAAGUUGAAACAAAAGAAAAAUUAGAAAAAUCUCCUCAAUGAGCUUGAUACGGAAAUAACAAUUGAAGAAAUAAUAAAAACAGCUAAGAGAAUAAAAUCUUAAAAAGCUGCACACUCAGAUAAAAUCAUGGCCAGAAAUGGAGGACGUCAAGCGGUCGGGCGUGCGGGCCCAUGUUUUCUUAAUAAUUCAGUGCACUAUACAGAUCAGUGGUUCAGUUUUGGCAAAAUGGCUGUUUAUUUUUACUAGUAUAGCUCAGUGAGUUACCGAGAACUAAAUAAGGCACGGCAGAUUUAUAAAUUGAAAAUAAGAAGAGAUAAGCUAAUGAAUGGCUUUCAACACAUAAUUUCCAUUGCAAACAACUAUACAUAGGGCGUAAAGGCGGAAUAUCCGACAUUGCAAAUACAACCAGAUAUAUAGAAAACAAGCAAAAUUAUAAAAUAUAACAAACUUUACGCCAACCGAGACUUGAUCGAUGCUCAAAUUUCAAACGUCUACCAAUACUCAAUAGUUAUAAAUGUUUUGAAGUCGGCAAAUCAAAAUUAUUACGAAAUCCGGCUAAUUUUAGAAUGUUUACGAGACUACAGCCUAUAUUGACAGCGGUUAAAACCAUUUUAACGUAGCAACAGGUUUAUAAAAGCAAUGGCGGACAACAAAUAUAACACUUGGUGCGAAAUUUGUGAUAUUUUUGUUCAAAAUAUGGUGCAUUUCUCAUCACAAUUGGACAGACACCUCUCUACAAAAUACAUGCAAUUCAUCCCUUUGGGGAACAUACUAGUGUAUACUUUUACGCUUCAUACAAGUGACAAUAAUAAAGAGGAAUACUGUACGAAGCAAUUCAGAUAUGCACAUUUGACGAUAUCUGUAAAGAACGAGUUGCAAUUGGACAUGCAAAAUACCUAAUAUGUCGAAAUCACAUACUUCCUUAUGCAGAGACUAGGCAGAGAUAUUGAUUGCUCGGGAACAUACUUAGACAACUCGAGUAGUACCAAUUUUUUUACGGAUAAAAUUUGGACAGAAUCGGUGAAGUUUUAGAUAUGCACAUUUUGGAUUUCUCAACUGUAAGUUAUCAAAAAUACAAAUUUUGCAUUAUUCCCAUUCAAAUUAUAUAAGAAGACGCCAUUUUGAGUUUUUAUUUUGAGUCAAAAUGCGCAUGCUUGGCAGCCAUGUUGGACUCCAUUUCUGGCCAUGAUCAACAAUGAAAUGAUAAAAUAUAUUGUUGAUAUCCCUGCCAAUGGUUUUAUAAAAGUAUUCAACACAACAAUGACAUCCGGAAAGUACCCAACUUUAUGGUGUGAAGGACUUAUCUCACGAAUUUUUAAAUCAGGGAACAAAUUAGACCCAAGUAAUUACCGAGGAAUAUGUGUAUCAAGCUCGUUAGGAAAGUUCUUCUGCUCUGUCCUCAAUAAAAGAAUGAUGAACUUUUCAAAAACUAAAGAAUUGUUACACCCUUCUCAAAUUGGUUUCCUACCAAAUAACAGAACAGUCGAUCAUAUUCUUACCUUAAAAACGUUGCAUGAUAAAUAAGUUAAUCAAAAUAAUGAGAGAAUUACGCAUGCUUUAUUGAUUUUAAAAAGGCCUUUGAUUCUGUCUGGCACGAAGGUCUUUAUUUGAAAUUAUUAGAAAAUGCAAUUGGAGCAUGCUUCUAUGAUCUGAUAAAAGAUCUGUAUUCUAAUACUCGGUGUGCAGUGAAAGUAUCGGGUCAUAGAACACCCUUCUUCUCUUAUAAUCGAGGUGUACGGCAAGGUUGUGUGUUUAAGCCCUCUUCUCUUUAAUCUAUAUAUAAACUAACUUCCUAAUCUGUUUGAAAAAGUAAACCCAGACCCAUUUCUUUUACCAAAUGGAACGAGACUAAGUAGUCUACUAUAUUCGGAUGAUCUUGUCAUACUAUCAAGAUCAAAAUCUGGUCUCCAAAACUCCCUCAAUGAAUGGAGCAAAAAAGGCUAAUGAAUAAUAAUUUGAAAAAAAACAAAGUUAUGAUUCUACAAAUACAUAACUCCAACCUACAAACACUUGACUUUUUCUGGGAGAUAAACGUAUUUAUAUCACAAACGAAUACACUUAUCUCGGUCUAAAACUAACUCCUAACACUAAAUUUUCAGUUGCGACUCAGCAACUGAGUGAAAAGGCUAUGCAUGCCGUAUUUAAAAUACGGAAAAAUCUUGAUUUUCAGAAACUUGCACCAAAACUUGCCAUAAAAAUCUUUGAUGGCAUAUUCUCUCCAAUCUUGCUUUAUAAUUCUGAGGUUUGGGGAGCCUGUGAUAACAACGAUUUUACUAAGUGGAACAAAACUAGUAGUGAGAAAACACAUGUGAAAUACUGCAAACUCUAUUUAGGUGUGAACAGGAAAGCAAGCAAUAUCACCAGUAGGGGUGAGUUAGGUAAAUUCCCUCAAUUAAUCCCUAUAUUCAAAAGAUUAUUUUCUUACAUUAACCACUUUAGUCAGUUACCAGAUACAAGUACAGCGAAACAAACUUUUUACCUAUCAAAAAAACUUUACUCAAACGGUAAAGAUUCAUUCUAUUCCAAUGCUGCAAGCUAUAUUAAAAAGUUUCAUCCCGAUAUCGAAGAUACAAUAGAUAUUGAAAAAUUUGUCCAGGAUACAAAAAUACACGAUUUUGUAAAAACCAUUAAAGAUAACAAUAAAUCGUUUUUGAAAAAUCAAAUUAAAAACUCUAGUAAAUUGUUACUCUAUUCUACAUUUAAAAAACACUAUAAUUUAGAAAAAUAUCUAAAUAUCAUUAAAGACCCUAAUCAAAGAAGACUUUUCUCAAAAUUUCGUAUAAGUAAUCAUAAACUAGAAAUUGAGUUCGGCCGUUAUAGCGAUGUACCUCGACAGGAGAGACUGUGUGUAAAUACUGCAAUAAAAUUGCAGUUGAAGAUUAAUUUCAUUUUUCAUUUGAAUGUGAAAAAUAUGAAAAUUUGCGAAAUAACUCGCACAACAUCUUAAAAGACUAUUUCCAAAUGAGCAUCACUGAUGAAUUUAAGAGAAAAUUAUUAAGUGAUAUUAUGUCAUUGAAUGACUCUGUGAUAGAUCUAUUUUCGGAUCAUAUUUCGAAACGUUUUUAUAUCAAAGACAACAGCCCUUAAACCAGAAGUCACAAGUUUCUAUAUAUUAUAUUAUAUCAUUUUCCUUUUCAUUUUCUUAUAUUAUACUCUUUCUAAUACUUUCUUAAAUUUUCAUAUUUGUUCUGUCAUAUAAUGAUAUAUCAUUCAUAUUUGAUAUAUUAUGCAUGUAAAUAGCAGUAUAUUGUUUUUAGUUAGUUAAAGUAGUUUAUACACCAGUUAACAUUUAUAUACUUACGAUUACGCUUACCUGGAAUUAGGUCAUGCAAAUAAAGCGUAUUAAUAAUAAUAACAUAACAUAUCUGCACUCUGUAUAGAUUAACUAAUAUCAUGUGGGCUGGUAUUCCUAUAUAUUAAUUACUACAAAGUUGAAGUUCGACUUCCGAUACCAACACAGAUACUAAGAACAGGUCAAUGCGUAUGAGCUCUGCUGCAUGCUAACGAUAUGUUUGAUGAAUCCAAAUAAAAUAUUUAAUGCAUAUAUUCAUGAAAUAAAUUAUUCUGUUUGUCGACGAGAACGUUUACACAGGGGAAUUAAUUCAUUGGAAUUGUUGUAAAAAUUGCGUGAAAAAGUCUUUCAACGUUUUAGACGUCGUCAUCGCUAUGUUUAACUUUCUACAACAGCAAAAUGUUUGGCCGUUGUCUACCAGGUGAUCUGACGGUGAGAAAAAGGACUGCGACUAGUAACAAAAUAGAAAUCCAUUUUCGUACCCUUAAUCAUUUGUCACGGCCAGAUUCUUCUGUGAAACUGUUUGAAACUUUGUGUCUUGCACAGGGAAAUGAAUGUCUGGGACAAAUAUUUUGAGAUAGGAAUCUAACACCGUUAAUGAGAAAUGGAUUUCUAUUUUUCAACUUAUGCCAGGCCUUUUCCUAGUUCCGAGAUGACCUGGUAGAUGUUGCCACCCCAAAAGUGACAGCGGAGUUUAAGUUCUACUUCUUGUACCAAUACUGAUAUCGAUCUCUUCACUUCCGUUCUCAUAUUGGUACCGGGAAUUUUAAAGCAUUAAGUUACUCGAUAGAUAAAGCAUAGAAUACAUUAAGUGCGGUAUACUAAACGGCAGCUGAGCUAAAAUUCCUACUAAAACAUGACUCGGGCGUUAUACCAAUAGGCAAAUAGUUUACGUAUUUAUCGUAAAAAUUAUGAAAUUCAUUCAUUUCCGAUUCGUUUGAGUUUAUCUUGCAAUUCCUACGACUUCGGCAGUGGUAACUUUUGAUCCAAUACACUUGUCCACGUGCACGUACUAGAUCAAUUGGUGGUACUCUGGCUCGCUUUAAUUGCAGCAAGAAGUAAAUCUUCCACGACGCCCUUUUCACAAGUUUAGUAGUAUGGUCAUCCCAUAAACGUUUUCAAUAUAGUAUAAAUGAUGCAGCGUAAUUAAUAAUUUCUUUUCAAAAUCUAUCUAGUACGAACGAUGGAUCUGGCGUGAUUGCUUAUAUUUGUGAUAAACCUUAUUUUUCAAGAAUGAUUGUCGAAUAUAAUACCAUCAUGGGCAGAAAAACAAAGCGAAUUGCCGAUGGAAGUCGUUCAAACGUGAAGAUUCCUGAGCAUUCCACGAAAAUUAAAGUGAGAUUCGAAAAUAUGCGUUUCAUUAAUACAUGGUGUGACGUGAAGAAAUACGAUCGUAAAAAGAAAUGCUGGUGCGAACCCACAGUACCGCAUGUGUUCACAUUUGACACACCAGUCACCCGAACAUUUACAUUGGAGGGAAGUCUUUAUUAUGUCGCAGUUAUGAAAGUCACUGAUAAACAUUAUAAUGAAUUGGAUAUAAUGGAAUAAUAAAACUAUAACAUGAACUAGAAGUGACUGUCGCAAGGAAAGUGCUGCCUCAUCCGAAAGAAAUGAAAGGUGGACCGCAAACAGUCCAUCAGUAGAAAUGAAGGACCGCCGAUAACACACCAAGAAACUAAAUAUGCUCACUUUUCGCUCUUGUUCAGUUGGCACCGCUUUUCUAGCUAGAAAAAUCUCGUUCAUACGCACUAGUAAUUCAGAUACAAUAACGCGCUGAAGUUCGAUUACCUUAGAUCAUAAUACACUCUGUAUGAAAUGAACAUUCAGUCUGAAAAUUAUUUAUAGGAUAAUUACUACCUACCAAAUUUGAUUAACAGGCGUAUCGAUUUCAAACAGUGGGAAUUUUGCGUUGUGUGGGCAACGCGGAUUCUGUUUCUUGAUGUGUUUCCUUUCGCAUGCCCGGAAAUCUAAACCCUCGGAAAGGAGGGACUGCUCGCAGUCUACAAUCCAGUUUGCCCUUAAAAAAUACUUCUUCGAAUCUUAUAAGGGCAUGGAUUGCUUUGAAUUAUUAUUGUGAUCAGCAAGUUGCACUGUAUAUAAUUUGUGUAUAUAAAUAAUUAUAUAAUCCUAAGAUCUUUUAUAUUUUUGCUCUAAGUAGCUUCUAGACGUUUUAAAGUACUAUUUAAAAAACGAUCUGGAGUGUUUUAUUAGAUUUACCUAAUAAAACACGACCGGCGAGUUUUUAAAUGGCUUCAAAAACGUUGGCAUAAUAAGUCAAAUCUUUAUAUAAAAAUCUUUAUAUAAAAAUCAUUAUAUAAAAAUCUUUAUAUAAAAAUCUUUAUAUAGUUUGCAUAACAAUGGUCUUUUGUUAAAGUGUUCUUUAGCUGGUAUAAGGACGUAUGCACGUGACUAAUUUCUUACUCAAGAUUGGAUAAUUGCCUCAUGAAUUAUUAAUGAGUUUUUGAAGUAGAAUUAAUAGCUUUGUAUGUAUUGUACAUGAGGGCCAC